CAAGAUCUCUCUCUCUCUCUCUCUCUCUCUCUCUCUCUCUCUCUCUCUCUCUCUCUCUGUGUAUACGUAUACGUACAUAUAUAUGGUGUAUAUGUAUGUGUAUGUGUACGUGUACGUGUCGGCGUAGGUGUAGAUCACUCUUUGGCUAGAUCUUCGACCGCAUUUCAUGGAUCUUGAAGCCGACCUACACGCAUUGUCUUCUUCUUCUUCUUGGUCUCUUUCUCUCUCUUAGGGUUUUGUUUUCACACACCGCAUGUGUCACUGACGCUCUCUCAGCAAGCUCGUCGUAGCAAUGCGGUCUCUUUGUUCAACCUCUGGAUGUGACGGAGGGGUUCGCCGGCGGCGAGUGCUUCACCGGAAACCUAGGAGGUCGUGGGGAGUGUCCGGGGAGGCCGCCGAGCACGAGGGUCUUGGUAACUGACGAUGGUCUUUGUGGGGUUUUGGUUCCGUGAGAAAACAUGCCGGCUCUGGUUCUGCUCCUCCUUCUUCCUAUGCUCAACUUGGUUUUCUUUUGUUCAGGGCAUCCAUUGUUGCACAUCUACUUGUCUCCUUCUCUUCUACCAAACAAGCCAGUAUCUAUGAGAGAAAUCUUAGUGGAACAUGCAAGGUCAAUUUCAAUGAGUGUGUCAUUUGCUCCAUCAAAACCACCCAAAAUGUUGGUGGUUAAGCCUUCUUUGGGACCAUCCACUGCCCCUGCACCGUCUCCACUUUACCAAGGUCCUAGCAGUCAUCCCCCAACAGGAAGUCAUCAUCAUCAUCAUCGUCAUCGUCAGCGUGGGAGAACUGAUGCAGCUGCCCCGUCCCCUUCAAAAAACCAAGCUUGUGAUCAAAUUUGUAUGGAGCCACUUACUGCAACUCCUUUUGGUUCACCUUGUGGUUGCGUGUUUCCCAUGAAAGUCAGACUUCUUCUUGAUGUAGCUACUUAUGCUGUUUUCCCAGUAAUGAGUGAGCUAGAGAUCGAAGUUGCAGCAGGCACCUAUUUGGAACAAAGUCAAGUUAAAAUAAUGGGUGCUAUUGCGGAUAGUCAAAAUCAGGAAAGAACAGUAGUGGAUAUUAACUUGGUUCCACUGGGAGAGAAAUUUGAUAAUACCACUGCAGUACUGACGUAUGAGAGAUUUUGGCAUAAGAAAGUGCCUCUAAAUCAGACUCUUUUUGGUAAUUACGAAUUGGUAUACAUUAGUUAUCCAGGCAUUCCUUCUUCACCACCCUAUGGGAGUUACGGUGGCAGUGGACCAAGUGGAAGUGCUGGAGAUCUCCCAAUCUCUGCAAAUUUUGACAAGAAGAACCAACGGAUGAAUCUUAAAACCAUUGCCAUCAUUGCUUUGUCUGCAUUUGUACUCUUAUUGGUUUUCAUAGGAGCAGUCUCCAUUUUUUUGAAGUGGAGGAAGGUUGGAAGACCAUCAAGUGCCGUUGGUCCUGCACUUACAUCCCCUACAAACAAAAGAUCUGGUAUAGGGUCUAUAUUAUCAAGUAGUAUUGCAAGUUCAACGUCAGUAUCCCUCAUGUCCACCAUGGCUACUCGUGUUCUCUCUGCCAAAACAUUUGCACUUGCUGAGCUUGAGAAGGCAACAGAUAAGUUCAGUUCAAAGAGGAUUUUGGGUGAAGGAGGAUUUGGACGUGUUUACUUUGGGAUUAUGGAAGAUGGAACUGAAGUUGCUGUUAAAUUGCUUACAAGGGAUAAUCAAAAUGGAGAUCGUGAAUUUAUUGCAGAAGUUGAGAUGCUAAGUCGAUUGCAUCACCGUAAUCUUGUGAAACUGAUGGGUAUAUGCAUUGAAGGGCGGACACGCUGCUUGGUGUAUGAGCUAAUUCACAACGGCAGUGUUGAGUCCCAUUUGCAUGGUGUUGACAAGAUAAAGGGUCCUCUUGACUGGGAUGCACGGUUGAAGAUUGCCCUUGGAGCAGCGAGAGGAUUGGCCUAUCUUCAUGAAGAUUCUAAUCCUCGUGUAAUACACCGAGAUUUCAAGGCUAGUAAUGUUUUACUAGAAGAAGACUUCACGCCAAAGGUUUCAGAUUUUGGGUUAGCAAGGGAAGCAACCGAAGGAAGUAAUCAUAUUUCUACUCGGGUCAUGGGAACUUUUGGGUAUGUUGCCCCAGAAUAUGCAAUGACUGGGCAUUUACUUGUCAAGAGUGAUGUUUACAGUUAUGGGGUUGUGCUCCUUGAGCUUCUCACUGGAAGAAAACCUGUGGAUAUGUCCCAACCUCAGGGACAGGAGAAUUUGGUAACUUGGGCGCGACCGCUACUGACCAGUAGAGAGGGUUUGGAGCAGUUGGUCGAUCCUUCUUUGGCCGGAAGUUAUGACUUUGAUGACAUGGCUAAGGUGGCAGCCAUUGCUUCCAUGUGUGUUCACCCAGAGGUGACCCACAGACCUUUUAUGGGUGAAGUUGUGCAAGCUCUAAAACUAAUAUACAAUGACACAGAUGAAACUUGUGGGGAUUGCUGUAGUCAAAAGGAAUCGUCUGCUCGAGAUUCCGACUUUAAAGGCGAUUUUGCCCCAUCCGAUAGCAGUUGGUGGAAUGCCGGUGGGCUCACCCCUCGAUUAACUUAUGGGCAUGCCUCUUCCUUCAUCACAAUGGAUUACAGUUCUGGACUUGAAGAGAUGGAAAACAGACCGUUUUCAACUUCUACUUUGGUUGGGGGUGAGAUGUCUUUACCAAUUAGGCAUGGAAACAGAUCAGGUCCCUUGAGAACAGUCAGAAGCAAGGCUGCCUUCUAUAGGUUUUCAGGAAGUAGGAGUGAGCAUGGGGGACUCCUUCCAAAGCGUGCUUGGAAUGAUGAUGGGUAUUGUGCUUGAGAUUUCAUUUUAGCGUUUUGAAUUGUACAGUUCCAGAGGAUCAGAUCUUUUUAGUGAGAGGUUGAUUGGUGUAGUUUAGGUGUGGGAUUUCUGCGGUUUCCAUGUUUGGAGAGAGAAAUUGGCUUCUAAUUUUGGAAAUAUUUCAUUCAUUAACAAUACAAGUUGGAGAUAUAAGUUGGAACACUUUCUGUAUCAUAUAUGUUAAAAUAUAUUCUUCUUGUUCAA